AUGAAGAGUAUUGCCAAACUAGAGGUUUUCGAGAAAGAGCGACCCGACUCCGGCAAACUGGAUUUUGAAGCACGAGUUCCGAUCCCCUUCAGUGUCUUCCCGUCUGCGUAUCGGAACGCGGAAUUAAAGGAAACUACCAGCGUCAAGGUAGAAGAACAGGAAGCACAGUUUGAGCAACAGGCUUCACACGGACGGGAAGGUCACGAAGAAAUCCACGAAUCCUUCUCCGCUACCGUCCUACCUCCUCCUCCGGCUCCCCAGCAGCAGCAGCAGCACCAACAGCAGCAGCACCAACACCACGACACACACGUCAAGGAAGAGGUCCAUAUCUACGAAGAAGAGCGUCUUCGUCGUCCCCAGCCACCCCAGCAGCAGUUCCAGCAGGCUCCCCAGCCUCAGCAAUUCCACGCUCAACAGCCUCCCCAGCACCUCCACGGCCCUGCCACCGACUACGCUCCAUCUCAAAUCGACGUUACUGAACGUCAGAUCCGUGAACGUACCCGUCCUAUCGUCGCCGGUGCAAGCUACUCUAAGGAGACUUACACCACCAAGCACGACACCUUCCCUAGCAGCAAGCACGUCGAGAGUGUUGCUAGUCACCAGCCAUCUGAGGUUCGAGUAGAAACAUCUGCUCGUUCCACUACCGCACCCCCCAAGAAGUUCAAGCGUGAUAUGGGAUAUUACGACAACGAGGGCCAAUACCACUCGCUUCGUCAAGGAAUCUCUCACGCCGCUCACAAGGUUGCCGACCGCAUCCAACACCCUAUCCACCCUCACCGCCACCACCACUCUCACGAGCACUCUUUCCCCGGUGCCAAGUACGACGACGACCGUGAAGAGGUAAUUGUCAAGGAGAAGUACACUUCAGCUACUCCUUCUGUUGCCCCUAGCCGCCCCGUCCAAUCCGGAGCUCCUGUUGAAAGGGUCGUUCGCGUCCACUCCAACCCCUCUCCUCCCAGGUCCACAGUCUCUGCUGCUGCCCCUGCCCCUGCUCCUGCUCCCGUCUCAGCUUCUAUCGCACGUGUACAAGCUUCUGCUCGUCCAGUCCGCAAGAUGGCUUCCUCCAAGACUAUCACCAUCCCUUGCCACCACAUCCGCAUUGGCGAUCUCCUGAUCCUCCAAGGCCGCCCUUGCCAGGUCAUCCGCAUCACCACCUCCUCCCAGACUGGCCAGCACCGUUACCUCGGUGUUGACCUGUUCACCAAGCAGCUCCAUGAGGAGUCCUCUUUCAUCUCCAACCCGGCUCCCUCCGUCGUUGUCCAGAACAUGCUUGGUCCUGUCUUCAAGCAGUACCGUGUUCUCGACAUCCGUGAGGACGGUCGCGUUGUUGCCAUGACUGAGUCUGGUGAUGUCAAGCAGGGUCUUCCCGUCCUUGACCAGAGCGGUCUUAUCUCCCGCCUGACAGAGUCUUUCGACAACGGCCGUGGCAGCGUCCGCAUCCUCGUCAUCGAUGACGAUGGUUUGGAGAUGGCUGUUGACUACAAGGUUGUCCACGGAUCCAGGUUGUAG